AUGGCGGCAUAUCAGUGCGAGCUUUCUUCAGCCAUCGUGGCCGAAUCCGAGGACAGGUCGUUCGUGUUCAAGGUGCGUGUAUACUCAAGGGCCAAGCAGCUGCUCAAGUGCGGCGAGUGCGUCACCUCGCCCCCGUUCACCGUCCAAGGCCACGACUGGGUGCUCAUGUAUUACCCCAACGGCCGCUUGGCAACAGGUGCUGCUGCAGGUUACAUGUCCCUGGUUCUUGACACCGCCGACGGCAAGGAUGUGACCGUCAAAGCCAGGAACAUCAGCGUGCUUGACAAGAAUGGCCUGCCAGGCCGCUACUACGGCACCAUGUUUGAAAACAUCAUGUUUGAGACGCCUGUCUCCUUCACCAGCAGAAAUUCGUAUCUGUGCCUCAUGGUCAGGAAGGCAGGCUUGGAGCACUCAGGGGACAUAAUAGAGGACUCUUUCAGCAUCAGAUGUGAUCUCACUCUCAAGGAUAUCGGCGAGCAGUUUGUCGUGGUCCCUCCGAGCGACAUGCAUCUGCAUUUCGGCAGCCUUCUGGAGAGCAUGGAUGGAGCCGACGUCGCCUUUCUUGUCGGCGGGGAGAAGUUCUCGGCUCAUAGGCUCGUGCUUGCUGCCAGGUCAUCCGUGUUCAGGGCAGAGCUCCUCGGCGCCAUGAAGGAGAAAACCGACAGCCUCAUUGAAAUCAGUGACAUGGAACCUCAUGUGUUCAGGUCCCUGCUCCAUUUCAUAUACACCGACUCGCUGCCUGAUCUUGAGAUUGAGAUGGCCAGCGAGCAAGGUGAAGCACAUGGAGGAGAUGUGGUGAUGGCUAGCCAUCUACUCGUGGCAGCAGACAGGUACGACAUCGAGAGGCUGAAACUGAUAUGCGAGCACAAGUUAUGCAGCCACAUUGAUACCAACAUGGUGGCGACAAGUCUGGCCUUGGCCGAGCAGCAUAGGUGCCAUGGGCUUAAGGUAGCUUGUCUACAGUUCCUUGCUUCUCCUUCCAAUUUGGAGGCCAUGAUGGCGAGUGAUGGCUAUCAGCAUCUCAAGAGGAGUUGCCCAUCUGCCCUUAAGGACCUAAUUGCUAGUCUCCUGCCGGUCACAAUGAAAGCGGCCAAGGAUAUUAUCAUGGAAAUUUAA